AUGAGCGGACAUGUACACUCAGACGCCUUCGACGAGGGAGUCCUCGCCGUUGACCCCAUCCACAAGCUCUACUACGCACAAUAUGGCAAAAAAGACGGAAAACCAGGGGGCCAAACCAGCAAAGGCAACACGACCUACUUCAACCCAUCAAUCUACAGGGUUAUUCUCCUCGACCAACGCGGCACAGGCAAAUCCCAACCCGCCGGUGAAGUGCGCAACAACACCACGCCCGACCUAGUCUCCGACAUCGAGACUCUUCGCAAUCAUCUCCAAAUCCCAAAAUGGCACCUCAUCUUCGGCGGUUCCUGGGGCUCCACACUAGCACUUCUAUACGCGCAAGCGUACCCGCACGCCGUAGGCUCCUUGAUCCUCCGCGGAAUAUUCACGACCCGCGCUUUUGAAAUUGAGUUUUCGAGAGGGCCUCUUGGAGCGGGGAGUUUCUUUCCGGAGGAGUAUGAGGCUUUUGUCUCGCAUUUACCUGAAUAUGAGAGAGGGGAUUUGGUGAAUGGGUAUUAUAAGCUGCUUAUGUCUGAGAAUAGGGAUACGAGGAUGCAGGCGGCGAGGGCUUGGAAUGCGUGGGAGAUGAGCAUUGGAUCUUUGGUGGCUGAUGAGGAUGGGCAUAUUUUGGAAAGAGAAAAUCUGGAGAAGAUCAAGCAUAUUCCUGUCGUCAUUAUCCAGGGGCGGUAUGACUUGGUUUGUCCGCCGCAUACUGCUUGGGAGCUUGGAAAGGCUCUGCCCAAGGCGAAAGUGAUCUUUGUUCCUGAUGCUGGACAUGGUGCGAAGGAACCUGGAACUCGGGCGGAAUUGCUCCAAGCCUGUGAUGAGUAUGCCGACUAUGAGUUCCAAUAG